GCUUGUUGAGGCUGGGGGCUAGGUCCAAGCUUAACGGAUGCCAGAGGAGCUGGCAGCGUUGCAGGCUCUAGGGGCCAGUUGGAAGGCCAGGAAGCAGGAUCCGAGGCUGGGGAGGCCUGGCUGAGCCUGUCGAGGGAGGGCCUCGAAUGCCAACUGAGUCCAGCCUGUACUGUGUAGUACUGUGUAUUAUAAGACUGCGUGUAGGAAACAGGUUUUAGGUGAUGUUUAUUCAUGAUAAGCCAGUUGUACACAGGCCUCGGUGAGUCAUCAACCACCUAGGGCUGCACUUGGUCCACCCAGACUGACGAGUGAGCACCUCCAGCUGACGCCUGCGCCGCAAGCUGUGGUCGGAGGUCGAGCUCACCUGCUGGUGGCUCUUGAGCCAGGCUGGCGGCCCGCCCCCCUGAGGCGGAGACUUCCGGAGCGGCGGGCUCACUAGAGCUGAGCGCGUCUCGGUGCUUUUCCAGGCGCCGCUCUCGAGUGCGCAGAGAACGCUGAGCCGAGAGCGUCGAGAGUCCCAGCAGGGCAAGGAGGCGCGGCCUGGUCCUCGCGCUCGGGAGACAGAUGCGACCGGGCGUCGGGGAAUGUGGACCUAAGCUCGGGUGAAGCUCUCGGGAAGGGCAAGACGGUGGCGACGAGAUGCGAGCGGAGGAGCCCUGCGCCCCCAGGUCCCCCAGCACCCCGGGAGCCCAGCGCGUCCCGGGCUCCGAACUGCGCCUGUCCAGCCAGCUGCUGCCGGAGCUCUAUACCUUCGUGGUGCGCGUGCUGUUCUACCUGGGGCCUGUCUACCUAGCCGGCUACCUGGGGCUCAGCAUAACCUGGUUGCUGCUCGGCGCCCUGCUGUGGAUGUGGUGGCGCAGGAACCGCCGCGGGAAGCUCGGGCGUCUGGCCGCCGCCUUCGAAUUCCUUGACAAUGAACGCGAGUUCAUCAGCCGCGAGCUGCGGGGCCUGCACCUGCCAGCCUGGAUCCAUUUCCCGGACGUGGAGCGGGUCGAGUGGGCCAACAAGAUCAUCUCUCAGACCUGGCCCUACCUCAGCAUGAUCAUGGAAACCAAGUUCCGGGAGAAACUUGAACCCAAGAUCCGGGAGAAGAGCGUCCAUCUGAGGACCUUUACCUUUACCAAGCUCUACUUUGGACAGAAGUGCCCCAGGGUGAACGGUGUCAAGGCACACACUAACAAGUGCAACCGAAGACGUGUGACUGUGGACCUGCAGAUAUGCUAUGUAGGAGACUGUGAGAUCAGUGUGGAACUGCAGAAGAUUCAGGCUGGUGUGAACGGGAUCCAGUUGCAGGGCACCCUGCGGGUCAUCCUGGAGCCCCUACUAGUGGACAAGCCCUUUGUGGGAGCUGUAACUGUGUUCUUCCUUCAGAAACCGCACCUACAGAUCAACUGGACAGGCCUGACCAACCUGCUGGAUGCGCCAGGAAUCAAUGAGGUGUCAGACAGCCUGCUGGAGGACCUCAUUGCUGCCCACCUGGUGCUGCCCAACCGUGUGACUGUGCCUGUGAAGAAGGGGCUGGACCUGACCAACCUACGCUUCCCUCUGCCCUGCGGGGUGAUCAGAGUGCACUUGCUGGAGGCAGAGAAGCUGGCCCAGAAGGACAACUUUCUGGGGCUCCGAGGCAAGUCAGAUCCCUACGCCAAGGUAAGCAUCGGCCUGCAGCAUUUCCGGAGUAGGACCAUCUACAGGAACCUGGAUCCCACCUGGAAUGAGGUGUUUGAGUUCAUGGUGUAUGAAGUCCCUGGGCAGGACCUGGAGGUAGACCUGUAUGAUGAGGAUACCGACAGGGAUGACUUCCUGGGCAGCCUGCAGAUCUGCCUCAGAGACGUCAUGACCAGCAGAGUGGUGGAUGAGUGGUUCGUCCUGAAUGACACAACCAGCGGGCGGCUUCACCUGCGGUUGGAGUGGCUUUCACUGCUCACUGACCAGGAAGCUCUGACCGAGAACCAUGGUGGCCUUUCUACUGCCAUUCUCAUUGUCUUCUUGGAGAGUGCCUGCAACUUGCCGAAAAACCCUUUUGACUACCUGAACGGCGAAUAUCGAGCCAAAAAACUCUCCAGAUUUGCCAGAAACAAGCUCAGCAGAGACCCCUCUUCCUAUGUCAAGCUAUCAGUAGGCAAGAAGACACAUACAAGUAAGACCUGUCCCCACAGCAAGGACCCUGUGUGGAGCCAGAUGUUCUCCUUCUUUGUGCACAAUGUGGCUACUGAGCAGCUCCAUCUGAAGGUGCUUGAUGAUGACCAGGAGUAUGCUCUGGGAAUGCUGGAGGUCCCCCUGUGCCAGAUCCUCCCCUAUGCUGACCUAACUCUUGAGCAGCGCUUUCAGCUGGACCACUCAGGCCUGGACAGCCUCAUCUCCAUGAGGCUGGUACUUCGGUUCCUUCGAGUGGAGGAACGAGAGCUGGGGAGCCCAUACACAGGACCUGAAGCCCUAAAGAAAGGCCCUCUGCUCAUCAAGAAGGUGGCUACCAACCAGAGUCCCAAAGCCCCACCUCAGGAAGAAGGCCCUACAGAUUUGCCAUGUCCCCCAGACUCUGCUUCUGAAACUAAGGACACAACCAAGAGUACCACAACCACCACCAGUGCUACCACUGCUGCCACCAUUGCCACUGAGCCCACACCCCAAGAGAUAGGCCCAGAGCCCAAGGGCAAGGACAAUGCCAAAAGGUUCUGUGAGCCCAUGGGGCAGAAGAAGAGUUCAACCACCAUCUUCCUGACUGUCCCAGGCCCCCACUCUCCAGGACCCAUCAAGUCACCCAGACCAAUGAAAUGCCCUUCUUCCCCAUUCGCAUGGCCGCCCAAGAGGCUGGCUCCCAGCAUGUCCUCGCUCAACUCCCUGGCCUCUUCCUGCUUUGAUCUGGCAGAUAUCAGCCUCAAUAUUGAAGGUGGGGACCUCAGGCGGCGGCAGCUGGGCGAGAUUCAGCUCACAGUGCGCUAUGUGUGUCUACGGCGCUGCCUCCGUGUGCUCAUCAACAGCUGCAGAAACCUGACACCAUGUACGAGCAGUGGAGCUGAUCCCUACGUCCGUGUCUACUUGUUGCCAGAAAGGAAGUGGACAUGUCGUAAGAAGACUUCAGUGAAGCGGAAGACCUUGGAACCCCUGUUUGAUGAGACAUUUGAAUUUUUUGUUCCCAUGGAAGAAGUAAAGAAGAGGUCACUUGAUGUUGCCGUGAAAAAUAGUAGGCCACUAGGCUCGCACAGAAGAAAGGAGUUAGGAAAAGUACUGAUUGACUUAUCAAAAGAAGAUCUGAUUAGGGGCUUUUCACAAUGACUUUACAAGACCAAAUAUACUUCCCAUACCCUCUAAUUCCUGGACCUCAUCUUACAAAAACAUCUUACCGACUCAGACAACACUACCUGCCAUCAGUUUUCUGUCUGCCACUGCCUUCACUGCCGCUUUUCUGAAUCAGGACAACAUUCUAAAGCAAAGAUUUUGUUAUGUUACUCUUAUUCCCGUUUUCUGCUACCUUAUUCAUGUGCAAAUGUUCUAUUCCAGAAUAGUCCAAGUACUAUGCUUUGCCUAUUCAAGUCCUGUCUCGAGCCUAUCUCCUCUAUUAAGUCAAUCCAUACUGAAAUGACCUCUUCCCACUGCCUGUAGCAUUUACUGUUGAUACUGAGUAUUUUCCAUUUUAAUAGUUCACAGCCUUUAUAACACCAAGUUUUAAAAAAAUGUUGAUUAGGGCUGGGCCGGGUGGCUCAUGCCUAUAACCCCAGCACUACAGGAGGCCAAGGCGGGCAGCUCAUGAGGUCAGGAGUUUGAGACAAGCCUGGCCAAAAUGGUAAAAAUACAAAAACUAGCCAUGUUUGGUGGUGCAUGCCUGUAGUCCCAGCUACUUGGGAGGCUGAGGCAGAAGAAUCGUUUGAACCCGGGAGGCGGAGGUUGCAGUGAGCUGAGAUCAUGCCAUUGCACUCCAGCUUGGAUGACAGAGCGAGACUCCAUCUCAAAAAAAAAAAACACUAUUAGGCACCUGCUAAGGUUACAUGCAAAGCAACUACUUAUAUUUGGUAUUUAGUAUUUGUUUACUCUCCAAUUGAACUAUAAGCUACUUGAAUUCUUUUUUACCCUCAUCAUCCAAGACUGUGUUAAGUACAUAGAUGAUCCAUGGUGAAAUUUGUUUCUGCUGAGGUUUCUAUUUUAUAUGGAAAAUUCUCAUAAUAAAAUGGAGCAUUGAUGCCUACCCUGUCUGCCUCAUGAUGGCAUUCUAAUUGCUCCCUAAAUAGAAAAGUGCCUUGAAAAUAGAGAAGCACCAGAGAAAUAAGGAAAUGUAUCAUAGCCACAUCUGAAACAUUAGCAACCAUAAAACAACAGCUAAUCAAAAUGGCAGACAAGGGAAAACCUACCCCUCCUCUUCCAAACUUAAACCAUAAACAUUUAUUUUAAACAUGGUUAAUUAAACCAUUCUUAACCUGUCAGGAAACACAGGUAAAUUACUGGUGAUAGUCCAAAGGAGUUAAAAUGUAGAAGGGAACCAGAAUUUUAAUACCACCAGAUAGGAGCCAAGGUUCUAUAGACAGGCCCUGUGUAAGGGGCAGGGAGCCUGAAAAGUUGUUAAUACCUUGGCUGCCACUGAGGACAAGAUUUGGUUUUCAGCAGUGGGUGCAAACAAUCAGCUAAUAUGCAGGGGCAUAGGGUCUGAAGUUAACAUCAACUUGGUACAGAAACCCCCAAACCUAGGAAGGAAUGUGAAUAUUCGUUUAGAACCUGGAACCUGUGAAACCUCGAUGGAGGCAACCAUAAAAGUGGCCCCACAGCAUUGCCACUCACAUCCAGGGCACAUGUAUGACAACUGCAGCAGAUAGCUGUCACUAAAGGGAAACCCACGGGCAAAAAU